AUGGAAGACGCUGAGUGCACGAUUUGGAAUUUGGGUUUCUAUGGAAUGAUCUCGAAUUGGGAAAAUCAAUCGACCAGCUACUGGUCGGUGGGCACACUUUUGUCGAAACUGAUGGAAAAUUGUGGAGAUUAUCAGGCACAUCUUGUAGCGAAAGGCGACACUCCUUUGAGCAAAAUCGUUUUCCUUUACCCGGACGACUGGGCUUCGACAGCGAUUCGAAUGGACGACCCACAGGCACUCAUCCCGAGUCGUUUAGAGCAAUACAAUCUUGGGCCAAAUGAAUACAUGAACAAUGCCACCGCUAUGGAUAAUACGUUGUGGAAUCUGUUUGAACUGGCGAAUACAAAAUUGGACAACAAUACGGCAAAAGCCAUCUAUUUCUUCACUGAUAUCGAUUGUACACAGAAAGGAUUUGAAAUGAUGGGAAUGCUUAUUGAAGUGUUCCUAAGCCACGCGAAUUCCAUUAUAGCAAACGGUGUCCCAUUUCGCCUUUUUUGGAUUGAAAAAGGCAAACUUGAAACCUGUCUUCCAUUUUUCGCAAAACAUCUCGUCCCUAACAAGGACUACAUUCAGUGGAUCGGUUACAUCGAAAAUUUGCAAGACUAUGCGGAUCGCUUCGGAAUGUGUCCCGAAAAGUCAGACACAGCACCCCAGAUGUUCUACUGGUGGCUGCUGGCGGUGGGAGUGGUCGUUUUUAUGGGUCUUCUCAUUUGCAUUGUCUACUGUAUUCGACACAUUUGCCCUCAAUGGCUAUUUUGCUUCGUGAAAAACCUUGAACCGGAAACUCUUGAAAAGUCUGGAACAAGAAGAUUCUCGAAUCUUUACUCGGGAUUCGGUGGAUAUCGAAAGAAAAGACACGGAGAUCCUCUUGAUGAAUGGGACAUUGACGAUGAUUCACUGCACAUCACCAAUGAGAAGCUCGGCUCCGGCGCUUAUGCCGUUGUUUAUGUUGGGAUUUUACAUGGACAACUUCCUGUUUUAAAAGUCACUGAAACAUUGCAAUUAUCCUGCUCGUUGAAGCGCUCGGAGAAUCGAGUGGCCGUGAAGAAGCCUCAUCCACAUGCAUCCUACACUGAUAAAUCCGAAUUCAUGAAAGAGAUCAACUUCAUGAAAGCUCUCGGCUAUCAUCCGCAUCUUUCCUCGCUUCUCGGCUGUCAGAGUGAUCCUUUUCAUCCAUGCAUUGUGACGGAAAUUUGCGAGAAAGGUGAUCUACUCGAGCUGUUGAGGAGUCAAAUACGUGGAGAAACUGUUUAUCUAUCUUCUAAAAAUAUUAUUCAUCGAGAUGUUGCUGCGAGAAAUGUUUUAGUUGCAAGGAAUAAAGUUGUAAAGUUAAGCGAUUUUGGUUUAUGCCGUUUCAAUGAGAUCACAUUGUACACAACGCGUGGCGGUCGAUUGCCGAUCAAAUGGAUGGCUCCAGAAUCAUUGGAAUUUGCACAAUUCUCGAUUAGAUCCGAUAUUUGGUCAUACGGUGUUUUCCUGUACGAAGUCUAUUCUUGGGGACUCACUCCUUACAUCACCGUUCUUCCCGAUGAAAUGCUUGCUCAUUUAAGGAAAGGAGCUCGUUUAGAAGCGCCUGAUUGUCCAGUAAUAUUAAAAUCUUUGAUGAAACGUUGUUGGGAAUGGAGGCCCGAUAAACGACCGGAUUUCAUCGAGAUUCGCGAGGAAUUGUACAAAAUAUUGGAAACAUCUCGAAAUGAUUAUGGUUAUUUGGAAAUAGAGAAUAACACUUGUAAAAUAAUGCUAGAUGAGUUA